GCCUGCGCACGUAAAAUCUGCAUAACAUCCAAAAUAAAUUUCUAUUGGUUGAAUUUACGGAAACUGGCACAAAUUCUCCGUGUAGUCCAAUCAUAUUUGCUCUACUACAUUAUUUCGGACACAUAUAACCACGUGACAAAACCGGUGCGUGUAUAUAGUAUUUAGCUAUCUCAUUGGUCAGCAUGAACAAUUUCAACCAAUCAGCUCCACAAACCCAAAUAGCGUCAGAAGAAAUCCCCGACUCCUCAUUACGCAUGCCCAUCAUUGUAAACUUCCGACAGCAUGGGUCACUGUAAACUUUGAGUGAUUUAACAAGAUUAUCAUCUUUGGUUGUGAAUUGAAACUACAUCGAUCACCCACAAAUAAGCUUGCCACAACAUGGCCACCUACUGGAAGUCAGUCCCACGCAAGUUCUGUGACUUCUGUAAAUGCUGGAUCACGGACAACAAGCCUAGUGUUGAUUUUCAUGAAAAAGGGAAGAGGCAUCAAGAAAAUGUCAAGAAAAGAAUCGAAGAGGUCAAGAAGAAAAGCAUUGAGAAGGCCCAGCGAGAAGAAGAAAUGGAGUCCGAUCUGCAGAAGAUGGAGAAGGCAGCUUUAGAGGCAUUCAAAAAAGAUUUAGAAAAUGAUCCUGCAUUAGCGGCCAAAUAUUUUGCUAAGGCAAAAGCUGCCAAAGAAGCUGCUGAAUCCAACAAGAAAUCAAAGAAGGAAGUCCUCAAGCCGGAGAGUGACGAGGAAGAGGGAGCUCCUGACGAUGUGGACGUGAAGGAGUGGUUCGAGGCCAAGUCUCCCGAGGGCUACACAUACUACUGGAGUACAGUCACAGGGGAAUCUGUGUGGGAGCCGCCCGACUCAUUCGUGUCACUUGCAGAGCAGGAACAGACAGAGAAAGGGGAGACAACAAAGGAGGAAGCGGUCACGGAAGAAGAGAACGAUUCAUUGAAAAGGAAAUAUGAUGACAAGAGUAUAGAAGAUAUAUCACCGUCAUCAAUCCCCCUCCCUGUAGAGAGCAUCCCCUUGCCUAGCGAUGACCCCUCCCCACCUAGCGAUGAACCCUCCCCUAUAGAUAUCCCCCUCCCGGCUGAGGAACCCCCUCCCAAGAAGAGGGACGACCCAAAGUGGGCGCGAUGUGCGUACGGCACCUGGGAGACUGUCAGGGAGGAGGAACCUCCUCCUGAUAUGGAACUGCCAAAGACGGUGAAUGAAAUCCCCCUUCCUGAUCUCCCCCAACAGGAGCCUCGGUCAAGGUUCAAGGAGAAAAAAGUGACCUCUCUAGGAAGCGGAUCAGGGUCAGUGACCUUCAAGAAGAGAAAGCUGGGAUCUGGGGCACGAAACGUCAGACAGAGAGACAAUGAUAACUGAAUGGUUGCAAGGGGACAGACAAAAUGAUAAAAUGGUUUCCAUGGUAACUGUUGCCAUUGGAUAGGUAGGGACUGAACGAAAUUCACGAUGGUGGAAUGCUCACAUUUUAAAAAAAAUAUUUUUUAGAAGCUACUGUAGUUUGAUUGAAGGGAAAUGAGUAAUGGCAAUAUAUUAUAUUGCACAAUAUUUUUUAGAUAAACCAUAUUAAUAUUUAGAAACAAUAAGAUAUCAUUGACAACAUGGAUUUUCUGUUGAAACAACAACCUCAGCAUUGAAACUGUAGACUGUACUCAACUGUCACGAAGGAUACACUAACCCCGUUCAUAUAUAUUGUUUCAAUAUUUUUGUAGAAAACUUCCCUCAAAUAUGUCACAGAUAUUUAUAUAAAGCAUAUACUUCUCCUCUUUAUAUCUUAGUGGGCACUUCCUGUGUGUCUGUCUCAGUCGCAACUGAAGCAUACUGUGAUAGCAUCUACGAUUUUAUUACACAUUGACUGCCAUUGACACAUCCUUAGCAUCGAGCAUGUUUAGUUUGUGCUGCUGUGGAACAUGCUUAGUUUGUGCUGCUGAUGUCAGAGGGAGCUGUUGGAGGUGAGCUCCUCGUCAUGAUGGAGAGAACACAGAGAGACUGUGACUGUGCUUCCUUGUUUGGAAAUUGGGGGCUUGAAGGUCACAAUGGACUCCCAAAAUAUCUCACCCCACUGAUACCCCAAUAAUGCCCAUUCAAGUUCCCCUGAGUAUCCCAUUAUCCCCCCUGAAGUCUAGGGCAGAUUCUCAGUAAGCUUUCUUCCUUUUAUACAUUGUAUGUAACAUGUCUGGAACUAGCCCAGCAUUAGCCAGUGCUGGUGUCAGUGGGGACAGCUGCUGCUUAGUGUGCAUGUGUUUCACACACAGAUUCCUUUCUCAGACCAUCUGCGGCAUGUCCGAGUCAUACAAGGCGUCUCAGUUUGCAGGACAGAAUCUCUGUCAUGGCUGAGGUCAUGUUUGCAGAGAACGUCCCACAGAGCUGAUGUUCUGCUGAUGUUUUGUUUCAGCUGAUCAGUUGACUGAUGUUGAUGAAGUGUAGGGCCAGGAGCUGGUACGUGUUACUUAUGUAAAAAAUGAAAAUAAACAGUGAAAAACUA